CAACACUGUAUGGGUCUCUGUCUAUGGUCUUCAACUCUUUAGUUACUUCAGUUAUGAAUUUUAAUUUUACGACAGAAAAAAAUUUCUCUAUAAAUAUUUACGGUAACAAAUUAUUAUUUGAUGCUCUUGCUGAUAAUGCUUAUAAACAUAACUAAUUCAAAAACUGCGUAACUUCUAAAAAUGGCUUUGUUAUUUCUUGAAGAAGAUCCUUGGCUCCUUGAACAUGACUCUUGUGAAAAACUACAUCGAGAUAUUAUGGAGCAAUUAACUAUCAGACAGAAACAUCCAAGAAAUAGUGACAAAUAUUCACAACUCUCAGCAAAUAUACGAUUAAGAUUAAAGCAGUACAAUAAUGAAGUGAGCCAGUUGAAUCAAAAAUUAGAUGUUACAAGUAAAUCAAGUAGUAUAACUUCUGCUGAAUCUGAAAGGAGAACCAGGCAGAUUGAAAUAUUACAUUCUAAGGGCAUACAAAUGCAAAAAAUGUUUGAUGAGCAGGUUGCUGUUAAGUCACUAGAAGAUAGAAGAGAAUUGAUAGGUAUUGGCACUGCAAAUUUAGAUAUCGCUCCAAGUACCAGUUACUCAAUUAAUGAUUUAAAAGAAACUCAAAAAAGAAUGUUGGGUGAACAAGAUCAGGGUCUUGAAAAUUUGUCAAAAAUCAUUUCCAGGCAAAAGGAUAUAGCACAUACUAUUUCUAAUGAAGUGGAUUACCACAAUGAAAUAUUGGACGAUCUGGGUACUCAAAUAGACAGAACAGACACAAAUGUAAGGAACGAAACUAGACAUAUUGAUGUAGUCGAUAGAAAAGAUAAAACCUGUGUAUAUUGGGUGAUAAUAAUUUUAUUAUUCAUGAGUAUUCUAAUUGUUGUUUGUAUUUAAUAUAUUUUUGUUCACCAAAGCAUUUAUUAUGUUUAUAUUUUAAUUAUAUAUUUUAAACAUAUCUAACUUUAUAUAACUGUCCAUUUAUUUUUGUAAUAUAUUGAAAGUAAUAUUAA